GGGCCUUACGGCAGCAAGAUGGCGCCGAAAGGGAAAGGCGGCGGCAAAGCCGGGAAGGGCGGCGACAGCGGCAGCGGCGAGGGCAAAGCGCAGGGCCCGAAGGGAGGCGGCAGCGCCGUCAAGGUUAGGCACAUCCUGUGUGAGAAACACGGCCGGGCCAUGGAGGCCAUGGAGAAGCUGAAGUCCGGGCAGCGCUUUAGCGAGGUGGCGGCACAAUACAGCGAGGACAAGGCCAGGCAGUGAGGAGAUCUGGGCUGGAUGACCAGAGGCUCCAUGGUGGGACCAUUCCAGGAGGCAGCAUUUGCCCUGCCCGUGAGCAGCAUGGACAAGCCUGUGUACACGGACCCUCCCGUCAAGACCAAGUUUGGAUACCAUAUUAUCAUGGUGGAAGGCAGAAAAUAAAAUGUGAAUGACCGUGA